CAAACAUACCAGUCUCCAGGGCUUUGCUUAAGAAGGCUCAGACUGAUAUUAGUCAUUCUUUUUAUGAGCCACAGAUUCAGAGAUGUUUUAUGGUGUUUAAGAUGCACCGUGCCUACCAGCCAAUUUUACCAUGUGGCAACAAAUAUCUUCAGCAAAAAUGGGACAGAGCAAACUAUGAAGACCACAAGAAGAGGAUUCAGACAGCCAAAGCGAGAGUGGACACUUCUUCUCCUCCCGCAUAUGGCCAUCUGCACUUGAAGCUGAAGAAGCUGAAGCUUGAGGAGGAGCGACUUUCACUCAUCGAACGAGACAACCGUUUGCUGCUGGAAAAGAUGUCCUGCAUCAUGAGGACGAAGGGACGAAUUGAUAACAAAAAUGACUAUGAGACCAAAAGUUUAAACAGGGAAAAACGAGAGAAGGAACUGCUGAGAGUGAGCAAGGAAAACCGUGCCAUUCUGGAUAGGAUUACGAAGUCUGAGCCUCAGUAUCAAGUUCAGAGGUGGCAUGAAGAUUGGCAACGAGCUGAGAAAUACAUGAUCAGCAUUGCAAGAUAUCCUCCUGGCUGGUAUAAACCACACAACCAAAAGGAACAAAAAGUUAAAAAGAAGGCACCAAAACGAGAGCAAAAUAGAGAUAAGCAACUGAAUGGAAAGAGUGUGAAAAGUGAGGAGGAGGAGGAGGAAGAAAGAAGGCAUGGUCAAAGUACAGAGCACAAUGAUCACCAAGAGAGAAACAGUGUCUCAGAAAAAGUAUAAUGCCCUCCCUCCCUUUUUGGGGGCAGAACUAUGGGUGAGCAGCGACUGCAAGAGCGUAGCAUAUUAUCAUCUUAAACAGGCUACCGUAAGUGUAGGUUUUAGGCAUGUCAGGUCUUUAUUAUAAUUAGGGAAGUGUAGGACAAGUAAUGUAGGGUAGGAUAUGAAAACUUUUCUUUGUCAUUGCCAAGAAAUACCUAACACUGUAUGAUGGCUGAUAAACACUAGUGAAAUAGGGAGCAAAGCUGAGCCUAUGAAUUGAUUUUAGUGUAGGUAACUAAUCCAGCUGAGUUAGACUAAAUUUUUCCUCUUUUUUU